CUGCGACUGCGCUGUGUGGAAGCUCGCUGAGCUUUCUGGACCGAGGACGGUCCGGGGGUCUUUUCAUAAAACUGGGCCCCUAGGCCCGGGAAGCCCAGACGCUUUGCUUUGGGUAAAGUUUGUUGUAACAGGAAGAAAUGGAUUUAUGUGUGGAUCGAGUUGAAGAAGUACAAAAUGUCCUUAAUGCUAUGCAGAAAAUCUUAGAGUGUCCAAUCUGUCUGGAGUUGAUCAAAGAACCUGUUUCUACAAAAUGUGACCACAUAUUUUGCAAACUUUGUAUGCUGAAACUUCUCAACCAGAAGAAAGGGCCUUCACAGUGUCCUUUGUGUAAGAAUGAUAUAACCAAAAGAAGCCUACAAGAAAGUACAAGAUUUAGUCAGCUUGUUGAAGAGCUAUUGAAAAUCAUUCAUGCUUUUGAGCUUGACACAGGAUUGCAGUUGACAUACAGUUACAACUUUUCAAAAAAGGAAAGUAGCCCUCCUGAGCAACUAAAGGAGGAAAUUUCUAUCAUCCAAAGUUUGGGCUACCGAAACCGUGCCAAAAGACUUCGACAGAGUGAACCUGAAAAUCCUACCUUGCAGGAAACCAGUCAUAGUGUCCAGCUUUCUAACCUUGAAAUUGUGAGAUCUCUGAGGACAAAGCAACAGAUACAAUCUCAGAAUAAGUCUGUCUACAUUGAAUUGGGAUCUGAUUCUUCUGAAGAUACAGUUAAUAAGGAAAAUUAUUUCAGUGUGGGAGAUCACGAAUUGUUACAAACCACCCCUCAAGGAGCAAGGGCCGAAGCCAGUUUGAAUCCUGCAAGAAAGGCUGCUUGUGAGUUUUCUGAGGCUAUAACAAAUAUUAAACAUCACCAAUCCAGUAAUAAAGAUUUGACCACCACUGAGAAGCAUGCAGCUGAGAAGCAUCCAGAAAAGUAUCAGGGUAUUUCUGUUUCAAACUUGCAUGUGGAGCCAUGUGGCACAAAUACUCAUGCCAGCUCAUUACAGCAUGAGAACAGCAGUUUAUUACUCACUGAAGACAGAAGGAAUGUAGAAAAGGCUGAAUUCAGUAAUAAAAGCAAGCAGCCUGGCUUAGCAAGGAGCCAACAGAGCAGAUGGGCUGAAAGUAAGGAAACAUGUAAUGAUAGGCAGACUCCCAGCACAGAGAUAAAGGUAGUUCUGAAUUCUGAUCCCCUGAAUGGGAGAAAAGAACUGAAUAAGCAGAAACCUCCAUGCUCUGACAACCCUAGAGAUUCCCAAGAUGUUCCUUGGAUAACACAGAAUAGUAGCAUACAGAAAGUUAAUGAGUGGUUUUCCAGACGUGAUGAAAUAUUAACGUCUCAUGGCUCACCUGAUGGAAGAGCUGAAUCAAAUACAGAAGUAGCUGGUGCAGAAGUUCCAAAUGAAGUAGUUGGAUAUUCUGGUUCUUCAGAGAAAAUAGCUUUAAUGACCAGUGACCCUCAUGAUGUUUUAAUAUGUGAAAGUGAAAGAGUCCACUCCAAACCCGUGGAAACUACUAUUGAAGAUAAAAUAUUUGGGAAAACCUAUCGGAGGAAGGCAAGCCUCCCUAACUUCAGCCACUUAACUGAAAACAUAAUUGUAGGAGCAUCUGCUGUAGAACCUCAGAUAACACAAGAGUGUCCCUUCACAAACAAACUGAGGCGUAAGAGGAGAACUACAUCAGGCCUGCAUCCUGAGGAUUUUAUCAAGAAAAUAGAUUUAGAAGUUGUUCAAAAGACUCCUGAAAAGAUAACUGAGAGAACUGACCAAAGAGAACAGAAUGGUCAUGUGAUGAACAUUACUAAUAAUGGUCAUAGGAAUGAAACGAAAGGUGAUUAUGUUCAGAAAGAGAAUGAUGCUAACGCAACAGAAUCAUUGGAAAAAGAAUCUGCUUGCAGAACUGUAGCCGAACCUGUAAGCAGCAGUAUAAGCAAUAUGGAACUAGAAUUAAAUAUUCACAGUUCAAAAGCACCUAAGAAGAAUAGGCUGAGGAGGAAGUCCUCUACCAGGCCUAUUCAUGCACUUGAACUAGAGGUCAGUAGAAAUCCACACCCACCUAAUCAUACUGAACUACAAAUUGAUAGUUGUUCUAGAAGUGAAGAGGUAAAGAAAAAAAAUUCUGACCAAAUGCCAGUCAGGCACAGCAAAAAGCUUGAACUCAUGGAAGAUAAAGAACCUGCAACUGGAGUCCAGAAGAGUAACAAGCCAAAUGAACAAAUAAAUAAGAGACUUACCAGUAAUGCUUUCCCAGAACUAAAUUUAACAAACAUACCUGGUUUUUUUACUAACGGGUCAAGUUCAAAUAAACUUCAAGAGUUUGUCAAUGCUAGCCUUCAAAGAGAAGAACUAGAAGAGAACCUAGAAACAGUUCAAGUGUCUCAUAGUACCAAAGACCUCAAAGAUCUCAUAUUAAGUGGAGGAAGAGGUUUGCAAACUGAUCAAUCUAUGGAAAGUACCGGUAUUUUAUUGGUACCUGAUACUGAUUAUGGCACUCAGGAUAGUAUGUCAUUACUGGAACCUGACACACCAGGGAAGGCAAAAACAGCACCAAAUCAACAUGUGGGUGUGUGUACAGCCAUUGAAAACCCCAAGGAACUUAUCCAUGGUUCUUCUAAUGAUACUAGAAAUGACACAGAGAGUUUUAAGGAUCCAUUGAGAUGUGAAGUUAACCAUGUUCAAGAGACAAGCAUAGAAAUGGAAGAGAGUGACCUUGAUACACAGUAUUUACAGAAAACAUUCAAGGUUUCAAAGCGUAAGUCAUUUGCUCUGUCUUCAAAUCCAGGAAAUCCAGAAAAGGAAUGUGCAACAGUCUAUACUCACUCCAGGUCCUUAAGGAAACAAAGUCCAAAAGUCACUCUUGAAUGUGGACAAAAAGAAGAAAAUCAGGGAAAGACAGAUUCUAAACUCAGGCAUGUGCAGGCAGUUCAUACAACUGUAGGCUUUCCUGUGGUUUGUGAGAAAGACGAAAAUACAGAUUAUGCCAAAUAUAGCAUAAAAGGAGUCUCUGGACUUUGUCGAUCAUCUCUGUUCAGAGGCAACAAAACUGAACUCACUAUUGGAAAUAAACAUGGAAUUACUCAAAACCUAUAUAGUACACCACAUAUUUCUCCCAUCAGGUCAUCUAUUAAAACUAUAUGUGAGAAAAACCUGUCAGAGGAAAACUUUGAGGAACAUCCAGUGUCACCUGAAAGAGCAAUGGGAAGUGAGAGCAUCAUUCAAAGUACAGUGAGCACAAUUAGCCAAAAUAACAUUAGAGUAAGCACUUUUAAAGAAGGCAGCUCAAGUAAUAUUUAUGAAGCAGAUUCCGGUACUAAUGAAGUAGGCUCUAGUAUCAAUGAAGUAGGUUCCAGUGGUGAAAACAUUCAAGCAGAACUCAGUAGAAACAGAGGACCAGAAUUAAAUGCUGUGCUCAGAUUAGGUCUCAUGCAACCUGACGCCUGUAAGCAAAGCCUUCCUGUAAGUAACUGUAAACAUCCUGAAAUAAAAAGGCAGGGAGAAAAUGAAGGGGUAGUUCAGGCUGUUAAUGCAGACUACUCUCCAUGUCAGAUUUCAGAUCACCUAGAACAACCUAUGGGAAGUAGUCAGGUUUGCUCAGAGACACCGGAGGACCUGUUAAACAAGAAUGAAAUAAAGGAAAAUGGCAGCUUUGCUGAAAGCGACAUGAAGGAAAGAUCUGCUGUUUUUAGCAAAAGUGUCCAGAAAGAAUUCAAAAGGAGCUCUAGCCCCUUAGUUCAUACACGUUUGGCUCAGGGUCACCAAAGACGGGCCAGGAAAUUAGAGUCCUCAGAAGAGGACACGUCUAGUGAGGAUGAAGAACUCCCCUGCUUCCAAUACUUACUAUUUGGUAAAGUAAGCAAUACACCGUCUCCAUCGACUAGACUUAACUCUGUUGCCACAGAGAGUCUGUCUAAGGAAAGAGAGGAGAACGUAGCAUCGUUGAAGAAGAGCUUAAACGACUGCAGUAAACAGGUAACAUCAGCAGAGGCGUCCGAGGAGCAUCACCUGCAUGAGGAGGCGAAACGUUCUAGUAGCUUAUUUUCCUCACAGUGCAAUGCAUCGAGAGACUUGACAGCUAAUACAAACACUCCGGAUCCUUUCUCGAUGUUUGACCCUCCUUCCAUGCAAGUGAGGCAUCAGUCUGAAAACCAGGAAGUUCUCAGUGACCAGGAAUUGGUUUCCACUGAUGACAAAAGGGAAACUGGCCUGCAAGAGUAUAAUCAGGAAGAGCAGAGUAUGGAUUCAAACUUAGAUGAAACAGCAUCUGAGUAUGAGAGUGAAACCACCCUCUCUGAAGACUGUUCAGAGCUGUCCUCUCAGAGUGUUAUUUUAACCACUCAGCAGAGGGAUACCAUGCAAGAUAAUCUGGUAAAGCUCCAGCAGGAAAUGGCCGAACUGGAAGCGGUGUUAGAGCAGCACGGGAGCCAGCCUUCUAACAGCUCCCCUUCCAUCAUAGCUGAUUCUUGUGCCUCACAGGACCUGCUAAAUCUGGAACAGAACAUGUCAGAAAAAGCAGUAUUAACUUCAGAGAAAAAUGGUGAAUAUCUUAUAAGUCAGAAUCCAGAAAGCCUUUCUGCAGAUAAGUUUCAAGAAUCUUCGGAUAUUUCCACUAGUAAAAAUAAACAACCAGAAGUGGAAAGGUCUUUCCCUUCUCAAUCCCAGUUGUUAGAUGAUAGGUGGUAUGUGAACAGCCAUUCACCAAGUCAGAAGAGAAAUUGCCCGUCGUCUCAAGAGGAGCUCAUUCAGGUGACUGAGGUGGAGGGGCAACAGCUGACACGGUCGGAGGCCCAGGAUUUCAUGGAGCCGUCUCUUUUGCCAAGACAAGAUUUAGAGGGAACCCCUUACCUAAAAUCUGGAAUCAGCCUCUUCUCGGAUGAGCUUGAGUCUGAACCUUCUGAAGACAAAGCUCCAGAGCCGGCUCAUGUUUACAGCGUGCCAACUUCAACCUCUACCUUGAAAUUACCCCAAUUUCAAGUUGAAGAAUUUGCCAAGAGUCCAGCCGCUGCUCAUACUACUAAUAUUGUGAGAGAGAAAAGUGUGAGCAGGGAGAAUCCAAAAGUGAUAUCUUUAACAAAAAGAGUCAGCAAAAGAAUAUCUAUGGUGGCAUCAGGCUUGACCCCCAAAGAACUUGGGCUUGUGCACAAGUUUGCCAGAAAACACCACAUUGUUUUAACUGAUCUAAUUACCGAAGAGACUACUCAUGUCAUUAUGAAAACAGAUGUUGAGUUUGUAUGUGAACGGACACUGAAAUAUUUUCUCGGAAUUGCAGGAGGAAAAUGGGUAGUUAGCUAUUUCUGGGUGACCCAGUCUAUGGAAGAAAGAAAGAUUCUAGAUGAGUGUGAUUUUGAGGUCAGAGGGGAUGUUGUCAAUGGAAGGAACCACCAAGGUCCAAAGCGAGCAAGAGAAUCCCAGGACAAUAAGAUGUUCAGGGGCCUAGAAAUCUGUUGCUAUGGGCCCUUUACCAACAUGCCUACAGAUCAGCUAGAGUGGAUGGUGCAGCUCUGUGGGGCUUCUGUGGUGAAAGAGCCUUCCUCGUUCACCCUCGGCAAGGGUACUUACCCAAUUGUGGUCGUGCAGCCAGAUGCCUGGACAGAGGACAGUGGUCUCCAAGCGAUUGGGCAGAUGUGUGAGGCACCUGUGGUGACCCGAGAGUGGGUACUGGACAGCGUAGCCCUCUACCAGUGUCAGGAGCUGGACACCUACCUGGUACCCCAGAUCUCCUGCUGAUUCCAGCCAGCCAUGUGUAUAGUGUACAGGGUCCAUCUCCACAGGACCCCCAGCAUGAGCUGAGGAAAUGGCCUUUUUCCAGGCCCUGGGAACUCCUCUUCAAUCUUUCCACAGUCCCAGUUACUAAAUAUUUUAGGUACAUCAGCCUGAAAAGAAUUUCUGGCUAUGCAGGGGUCCCUUAAAGAUUUUCUACUUCAAGCCUCCCUUUGAAAUCUGCCAUGAGCACAAAAUUGCGGUGAUUUUUUUACCUGAAAAGAAUUUAAAAUCAUUUUAAAUGCCACCAAUUGAGUAAGAUGCUGACUCAUUUAUCAGCCCUAUUCCCUGUGCUGGGGCUGUUGGCUUAGAGCUGAGGGCACAGAGUGGCUGGCCUCAGGAGAACAGAUGGUUUCCCCGAGUUUGUUUCUCUAAAACCCUAUGUUCAUAAAAGCCAAGACUCGGGCCCUUCAAUGGAAGGUGAUCUGUGGUGUGACUUAACAUCAGAACAGUCCUUGGCAGCUCUCAAAUGGAGCAUUGGGAAGGGGAUUCAGAGGCCGGCAAUGGAUAGAAAGAUGAAACUUGAGGGUUAGAGGAGAAGGGAGCCAUGCUGACCCUGAUCUCCAAAAGUCUCGGUAAGAAAUGGUGUCCAAAGAGUCUUCUAAUUCCCUAUCAGUAAUAAAUAAAAUGUUUACUGUCGUAGCUCUGAUAUGUAACCCAUCCUUUUGAAAGAGAAGAUCUCUGAUAUGAAUGUUUCAUGUCUGUAAAAUGACAGAUCCCACCAGGAAAGGAGCUGUUGCUUUCCUUGAGGUAAUUUUUCCCCUUUGCUCCCUAUUGCUGAGCUUCAUAAAUAAUUUUGUUUGCUGAAGAAAGAGAAAGUGUUUUUAUAAACUCAUGAUCCGGGACUGUUUAUAACUGUUGGAGGGACUAGGUCUUCCUCAGCCGCCAGUGUGUGAGGGCAGCGUAGACUUGCUUGUACAAAAUACGUUUUGUAAAUGUUGUGCUGUUUACCUGCAAAUAAACUUAGUAGCAAAC